AUGAUGGAGGCGGCGCCGGCCAGGUCGUCCUCCACGCCCAUGCUGCUGCCUCACCCCCUGCCGCUGCCCCACCAGGACGACUCGCCGUGCCGAGGGCCUGGGAGGCCGCUCCCCUCCCCGAGGAUGUUCGACGGGGAUUGCAACGGAUCGGCCGAGUUCCUAGUGGCUGCAGAGACUGGAGGCGAGAGGCCGUCCACGUUUCCAAGAUUUAUGCCCCAAAGUGUUCAAAAGAUUCAUGAGCACAAUGACUUACGGUCAGCUGGCACACAUGGGGCCACCUGUGGCCAACGGAGAAAGACAUAUAAAGAGAAGUUCCAGGAUGGCCCAACUGAAACUUUGAACUUUAGGUUGAAUAUUCCUGCUAAAAGUGCCCCGAGCAGCGGGUUUUCAAGUCCUGUACAGAGUCCUCGAAGGUUGAGUAAUGUAGACUUCUCAUCUGCUGCAAUAUCCAUCCAAGGUAGCAAUAUAUUGUCAGCACCAUCACCAUGGUCUUCAGAUCAAUCAGGAUCUUCACCCCCUUCCACCUCACCUGAAAAAUUUGUGGGUGGCCAGGAGCGAUCUCCUCGGUCUAGUCCUUUGAGAAGUCCUGCUCUUAGAUCAAGAUACCCAAGUGCACCUCCAUCACCAAUGCAUGCAAACUUCUUCCCAGAGAACCACACUUCUCGUUCUGAGAGCAUUCCGAAUGCCAAUCUUCACCCAUUACCUCUUCCUCCUGUUUCAAUGAGCCCAAAGCAAACAAAUUUUAGCCACCCAUCAGUUCCAAAAGUUGAAACGCCCUCAAUGGCUGGUCAGUGGCAAAAAAGGAAGCUCAUCGGCAGUGGCACAUAUGGCUGUGUAUAUGAAGCUACCAAUAGGCACACCGGAGCUCUUUGUGCCAUGAAAGAGGUUAACAUAAUUCCUGAUGACGCAAAAUCAGUUGAGUCUCUGAAGCAAUUGGAACAGGAAAUUAAAUUCCUUAGCCAAUUUAAGCAUGAAAACAUAGUGCAGUACUACGGCAGUGAAACUACUGAAGAUAGAUUCUACAUAUACCUGGAAUAUGUUCAUCCGGGUUCAAUUAAUAAGUACAUUAGUCAACAUUGUGGUGCAAUGACAGAAUCAGUUGUCCGCAACUUCACUCGCCAUAUCCUUAACGGUCUUGCUUUCCUACAUAGCCAAAAAAUUAUGCAUAGGGACAUUAAAGGAGCAAAUUUGCUUGUUGAUGUCAAUGGCGUGGUUAAAUUGGCAGACUUUGGAAUGGCUAAGCAUUUGAGCACUGCAGCUCCAAAUCUUUCACUGAAAGGAACACCAUACUGGAUGGCCCCUGAGGUUGUCCAGGCUACACUUGUCAAAGAUGUAGGCUACGAUCUUGCCGUUGAUAUCUGGAGCCUCGGUUGCACAAUUAUUGAGAUGUUCACCGGCAAGCCUCCUUGGAGUGGUCUUGAAGGCUGCUGCAAUGUUUAA